UUUUGAGUUUCAAGACGCUUGCGUUGCGUAUCAAUCCCGGAGGCUGGCGAAAUCACUAUGGUUAUUGUUUAGGUCGUCAGCUUAUUUGUACUGCUACUGAUAGUAGUUUUAAUAAAUGUGGUUGCAAAAGUUGACAAUAUGGAGAAUAUAGAUUUAUUGUCAAGCUUUCUAGAUGUGGAAGAGCUGAAUAAAAUUCCAGAAUCCAUCAAAGAAAAGCUUUGCAUGCAUAUUGAAGUAGUUCAAAGUGAGACAAAAUGCAUGAAGGCCAGUGCAGCACUCCACUUGGCAAAUGAGGAACAACAGUAUCUUGACCUUGAGAAGAAAUUCUUGACCACAAAAUCGCAACUGGAGAACGAAGAUGCCGAAUGCACGAAGUUAAAAUGUAAAGUGAAAGACCUAGAAGAGCAGUUCACCCAGGCCAGCUCCAAGGCGAAAGAACUGGCAACCUCUGAGCAUGACAAUCUAUCGACUCAGCUGAGAUUGUCUCGUUGCAAUGAGUCUCUGGAGGCUGAGAAGAGGGAGUUGUCAGAGCAGCUGGAGAGAAAGAACCGCGAGAUCGACAGACUGAAUGAAGAAUGGAAGCAGAUGUCCAACAAGUUGACGACUGCUAACCAGCGGAGGUGCGAAGCUCAGGCUAAGCUCGAUGAGAUUAACAGCCAAGCGAUCAGUAACAAGUUCAGCGAGGAGCGGUGGGCGCAGGAGAAGAAGUUGCUGGAGCAGCAGGUAUCGUGGCUCAAUGCAGACGGUAACCGCAAGGAGAAGGAGCUGUAUUCCCUGAGGCAGGAGACAUCCGGCAAGGUGCUGCAGCUGCAGAUGCAGCUGGACGGAAAGUCGGAGGAAGCCGUGGGCCUGCAGGAGAACGUCGACCUGCUCGCAAACACCAACCGGGAGCAGGAGCAGAAGCUCGAACAGCUCAUCGACAAGCUGAAGGAGAGCCACACGACGCACAUAAAGAGCGAGGAGCAGUUCCAGGCGGAGCUGCACGCUCAGACGAAGCUCGCCGGCCUUUACCACAACUCGUCCGAGGAGGCGGAGGGCAAGGUGCUCGAGCUGAUGACGGCCGUGCACGAGCUGCAGAAGCUGCUCAAGCAGGCCGCCGUCACGCACACGCAGCUCGAGCAGAAGUACGGCGAGGACACGCGCGCGCUGCAGGCGAGCGUCGACGACGGCAACGGCAAGCUGGACGCGCUCGCCAAGGAGCUGGAGAACGCCAACGACCUGCUGUCGGCGGCCAGGCCGCACGGCCACGCCUCGAUGACGUCCGAGCAACUCGAGGAGCUGUUGCCGACGGCGGCCACGACCAGCAAGCUGCUCAAGUCGGGCAUGACGCUGACGCAGAUCUACAACGAGUACGUGCAGACGAGCAGCGCGCUCGAGCUCGAGCGGCUCGAGAACAAGCGACUGAACCAGUACCUCGAGCAGAUCCUGCAGGAGAUCGAGGAGAAGGCGCCGAUCGUGAAGCGCUGGCGCGAGGGCUACGAGAACUCGCUGCGCACGAUCGCCGACAUGACGCGGCAGCACGAGUGCGCGCUGCAGGAGAUCGACGCGCUGCGCUGCCAGGCGAUCGACGCGCGACGCACGUCCGGCCAGCUGGAGCGCGACAGCGCGCGCAUGCGCCAGCAGGUGGCCGACCUUGGCCAGCAGGUGCAGCUGCUGCUGAAGGAGGUCGAGGAAGCUCGCGGCGGCCGCGUGUCCGUCCGCAACGAGUCGGACAUCUGCGACGCAGAGAUCUCGAGCAGCUCACAGCUGAUCAGCGAGCGGCUGGUGACGUUCCGCAGCAUCGGAGAGCUGCAGGAGCAGAACCAGCAGCUGCUGGCCGUCGUGCGCGAGCUCAGCGAGAAGCAGGAGGCCGAGGAGAAGAGGCUUACCGACAGUAAGACGCAGGAGCUGCAGGAGCAGCUCAACGCCGCCACGAAAGAUCUCGAGGAGCUGAGGGCCGCGCGGCAGAGGCAAGCGGACAUGGUCGAGUCGAUUGUCAGGCAGAGAGACAUGUACCGGGUCCUUCUGGCCGACACGAGUGUCGCACCGUCGGAGAACGGGUCCAUGAUUACGUCCACUCCUAGCGUUCCUCACGGUCAGGAUAAGGAGUUGGGUGAAACGAAGGCAGCGCUGUCUCAGAUGCAGCGCGAGUUUGACACGUACAAGGUCGAGAAGGCUGAGAAUACUAACCUGCUGAUGUCACAGCAGGACAAGCUGCGCGUCAGUCUGUCCGAGUUGCAGAUCCAGAACGCGCAGCUCAGCUCGCAGUUUGAGUUUACGCAGGAGCGCUACAAGAUCCUCCAGUCGAACGUCGAGAACUACAAGAGGGAGAUAGCCGCGCUGCGCGAGAAGAACGUCAAGUUCACGGCGAACGUGAUGCUCUACCAGCAGAACAUCAGCACGCUGACGCAGGAGGUGACCAAGCUGCAGGAGAAGCUCGCACGCGCCGAGACUGACGCCGAAAACUUCAAGGCCGAGCGAGACAUCCUCAAGUCGGUCGAAGCGCGGCUCGUGACGGAGCGAGACGCGGUUGCGCGCGAACAGCGAGGACAGAGCGUGCUGCUUGCCAACCUGCAGACGCUCCAGAACAACCUCGAGCGCUCAGAGCAGGAGACGCAGCGCCGGCUGACGAACCAGGUGGAGAACCUUGAGCGCGAGUGCGCGCUGCUGCGCCGCAAGCACGACGCCGAGGUCGCGCACGGCCGCGCCGCCGCCAAGGGCUGGGACAGCCAGGUGAGAGAGCUGAGGGCGCAGCUCGAGAGCGAGCUGCGCGCGCACCAGAAGACGCGCGAGGACCGCAGCGGCGACACCGAGCGCGUCGCGAGCCUCAAGAGCGACCUGUGCGACGCCGAGGUCAAGCUGGCCGCAGCGGAGAGCCGGCUGUCGGCAGCCGAGAAACCUGAGCCGGCGAGAUCGGCCGCCAAGGAGGAGCUGGAAGAGUGUCACGCGCAGCUGGCGGCGGCGCAGCAGGAGGCGAGGGGCGUGCGCGCGCAGCUGGAGCAGGCGACUCGCAGCGCCGAUCAGUACCGCGCCAUCGCCGACAGCGUCGAGCGAAGCCUCGCCGAGCAGAACGAGGCGAGCCGCACGCUGCAGGCGGUGUGCGAGUCGCGUGUCGCCGAGGCGCGGCGCGCGAGCGACGACCUCGCGCAGCGGCUCGCGGCGACGCAGCGGCAGCACGAUGCCGCCGCGCAGGAGAACGCGUGCCUGCUCGAGCAGAACGCGACGCAGGGCGGCACGCUGCGGCGUCAGCUCGUCGCCGCGCAGAACGAGCUCGCCGAGACGCUCGCUCAGCAGAAGGACGCGGCGGCGCGCGAGGGGGCCGCGCGCGACGACCUCACCGCGCAGGCGGGCGUCGCCGCCGACGCGCAGGUGAAGUACGAGCGCGAGCUUGUGCUGCACGCCGCGGACGUGCAGAGCCUGACGACGGUGCGCGAGCAGCUCGACGGGGUGAUGACGCGUGCCCGCACCGCCGAGGACGCAGCCGCCAAGGCCGACGAGACGCUGAGCAGCAAGCAGGCGUCGUGGGAGGAGCGCGAGCGCGCGCUGAAGAGCGAGUGCGCGCAGUUGGAGACGCGCAGCGGCGAGCUGCAGCAGCACAACGAGGUGCUGCACGCGCAGAUGGAGACGAUGUCCACGCAGAUGCUCGCGGUACGGGCGCGCGGCGGGAGCGCCGACACGUCGCUGUCCGACACGCUCGACAUGUCGAUCGGCGACGACGGCCAGAAGUCGUCGGAGCAGCUGCUCGAGAUCCUGCGCUACCUGCGCCGCGAGAAGGAGAUUGCGACGACACAGCACGAGGUGGCGCGCGCUGACGCCGCGCGCCAGAAGGUGCGCGUCGCGCAGCUCGAGCGGCAGACGCAGGAGCUGCAGGCGAGCAUCGCUGAGGAGCGGCGUCGCGGCGAGCGGAGCGCGCGCACGGUCGGCGAGCACGCCGCACUCAUGGAGAAGGUCGAACACCUGAACGUGCUCGUCGACAGCAACAAGCUGCUGCGCGACGAGAAGGAGCGUGCCACGAUGCAGGCGCAGGAGCAGCAGAGCCGCGCUGCGCGCCUCGAGGCCGAGCUGCUGCCCGUCAAGAAGUCGCUGUGGGAGGCGCGGACGCUGCGCGACGCGCUGCAGACGGAGAGCGCGGCGCUGCGCGACGAGGUGAAGCGCUGGGAGACGCGCACGAACCAGCUGCUCGAGCGCAGCAGCCAGGUCGACGCCGAGGAGUACAGGAAGCUCGUCGACGAGAAGGAGAAGCAACGCAAACAGUUCCUCGCGCUCAUCCAGGAGCAGAGCGGCAAGCACAAGCAGGAGCGCGAGCAGGUCGACGCGCAGGCGGCCGCGCUGACCGCCGACGUCGCGCGGCUGCAGGCGUCGCUCGCCGCCGCCGAGAAGCAGCUGGCCGCGUCGCGCUCGGAGCACAGCCGCCAGAGCCAGGAGGUGGCGAGCAGGCAGAGCGAGGAGGCCGGCACGCUGCGCAAGCAGCUCGCCGCCGCCAACGCGCGCGUCGCGAAGCUGGCGCAGGAGGUGGCGGCGCUGCGCGGCGAGGUCGCCGACAAGAACCAGAAGAUCCAGAGCGAGCUGAAGCAGCUGAACCAGGUGCGCAAGAUCGGCCGCAAGUACAAGACGCAGUUCGACGAGCUGAAGCUUGAGUACGAGAACUACGUGUCGCAGGUGGCGGGCGGCUCGCGGCGCGGAGGAGCGCGCGCCGGCGCGCCCAGGAGCCAGCAGAGGCUCGAGGCUCGCGUGCAGAGCUGGAGGCGCGGCGGCGGCGCACGACGCGGAGCGGCGCGCUCUCGCCGACGAGGCGCAGCGGCUGACAGACGAGAUCGCACAGCUCGCAAGCCGAGAGCGCAAGCUGAAGACACAGUUGGGCGAGACCGAGCCGCAUUAAGAAGAUCUCGUCGAAUCGCGACAAGAUUGCCUCCGAGAUCGACGACUGAAGCAGCUUUCGGACCGCCAGCGAGGACACGAGUCCAAGCUAACCGCCGCCAGGCGAGUACGAGGGCCGGCUGGCCGAAGCUGACGCAGGAGCUGACCGAGCCAGGAGGCGAGGAACGCGAGCGCGCCAGGAGGCCUGCAACUCGCGCUAAUGUAGAGCAGCUGAACAGGCGGCUGGAGACGCGGCAGAAGCAGCUGUCGCAGCAGCAGAGCAGCAAGCCGUCGGCGAGCACCAGCACCAACGAUAGGACCAGCUCGUCCUCAGAACCUCCAACUGCUAAUAUAAAGCCAAUCGCGACGCCAGCUGCUGCCCAAAAGCAUGCCGCAGCAGUGACGUCUGUGUCAUCGGGCUCCUCCAAGGCAGCCACGCCCACUGCCAGUAUCCGACCAAUGGCAAUCAGCAGUCAGCAGACGCCUACUGCAACGGUGAUGCCAACACCGUCGUCUGUUGAAUUCCACGAAGAGCAGAUAACUGGUCCCCCAACUAUAAGCCCAACACCUCGGCAGGCAACCGUGCAGCCUACCCAGGCUCAGGCUAUUCCAGCAAUUAUCAUCACUCCCCACGUGGAGGAGGAGGAGGUCAUAGUGCAGGUUCAUCCACCACCAGUCGAACACCAGGAGGUUGCGCAGCCAGCUGAAGUGCCUGUUUUUCCACUAGAGGGUAUUCCUGAGCACCAUCACCACCAGCAGCAGCAACAGCAGUCACAACCACAGCAGCAGCAACAGCAGCAUGACCAGCCUGCUGUGUCAGCAACAGAGCCCUCUAGAGGCCAAACUGCAGGAAAACGGCCAAGAGAGCAAGAGAUAGCAGAUACGACUGUGGCGACAGAAGCUGCUUCAGAGGAGGUACCAAUUAAACGAGUACGGGCUGAGGUUGAAACAGAGGACAGCGCUAGCCAAGGAGCGGCUGACGAAGAGUUUACAGAGGGAGAGCUGGGAGAGGCAGAGGGAGAGCUGGGAGAGGCAGAGGGAGAGCUGGGAGAGGCAGAGGGGAACGUCGAGAACUAG